AGCACUGUGUUAAGUGCUUGGGAGAGUACGCUAUAACAGAAUUAGUAGAUACGUUCCCUGCCCACAAGGAGCUUACGAAGGUGCUUAAUGUUGGUGAUAGGGAGGUGGACGAUACAUACUCCUUUCCUAGCCCCAGAUGAAAGAUCCCAUGCCGUUCAUGGAUACGGUUCCCGGCAUUUUGUGGCUUGGGACAUGGAGGGACUGUCCAAGGGAAGACUUGCUUCUGCUCGCCGUUGAAUGCUCUAGCCCUCUGUGACAAGUCGUUAAGGAAUGGAAGUUCAUUCUUUUCCCUCUUCCCCUUGUGUGAGUGAUUUAGGCGGAGCUGGUGUACACCACCCAGGUCGGGAAGAAUGACUCGGUCUACAGAUCAUCGGGAUUGAAAGUGAGCAAAUGGCAUCAUCACUGCAGAACCGGGAGCGUGGUCAGAUGAUAGAAAUGUUGCCACUGAAAACCUACACGGACCGUGAGAUCCAUGACCCGAGCCCUUUGCUUUCCCCUCCUGCAACUUCAGCGUCUGCUCAGCUGGAUGAACUCAUGGCUAACCUGUGUCAGAUGCAGUCAAUGAUCGCGAUCAAGGUGGGCAACCCUGAAGAGCCACUGUCCGAGAAGCCGGAGCCGGAGAGCUCCCUGGACACCAUGCUGGGAGGCCUGGAGCAGGGCUUGCGGGACCUCGGGAUCACCACGGUGCCCAAGGGCCACUGCGCUUCCUGCCAGAAGCCCAUCGCUGGAAAGAUGAUCACUGCCCUGGGCCAGACCUGGCAUCCCGAACACUUUGUCUGCACCCACUGCAAGAAGGAGAUGGGCAGCUGUCCCUUCUUCGAACGGAACGGAUCGGCCUACUGCUCGAAGGAUUACCAUCGGCUCUUCUCCCCACGCUGCGCUUACUGCGCCGCACCCAUUCUGGAUAAAGUGCUGACCGCCAUGGAUCAGAACUGGCACCCCGAACACUUUUUCUGCACUCACUGUGGGGAGUUAUUCGGCAAGGAAGGCUUUCUGGAGAAGGACGGGAAGCCCUACUGCCGCAAGGAUUUCCUCGCUAUGUUUUCUCCCAAGUGCACGGGCUGUAACCAGCCCGUGUUGGAAAACUACCUCUCCGCCAUGGACUCCAUCUGGCACACCGAGUGCUUCGUCUGUGGGGACUGCUUCAGCAGCUUCUCCACAGGCUCCUUCUUCGAGCUGGAAGGCCGGCCGUUCUGCGAGCUCCACUAUCACCAGCGUCAGGGCACCCUGUGCCAGGGGUGCGGGCAACCCAUCACCGGCCGUUGCAUCAGCGCCAUGGGGCACAAGUUUCACCCUGAGCAUUUCGUGUGCGCCUUCUGCCUGACCCAGUUGUGCAAGGGGGUCUUUCGGGAGCAGAAAGAUAAGGCCUACUGCCAUCCCUGCUUUAACAAGCUCUUCCUCCGGUAACCUCGGGACGCCUCCGCGGGGCUCGGGAGCCUCCCCGGACCGCCCUCCGCGUACACGCACAUCUUCGGCUGACGGGGACGAGGGAGCCGGGGGAGGAGAGAGCCGCCCGAAAAGCAUCUCUAGAAACUGCAAGCUGGAACGAUGCAGAAGAAACUUGCCCUGUCCCGCUUCUCACCGUCCUUACAGAAAAUAAUCAGGGGGUGUUUUUCCUUGGGAUUCUGGACGUUUUCCCUUUUUCCCUGUCCGGAAUCCGAAUGUGGAUUUCAAUCGCCCUCCCCAGAGACACGUUUGGGAAGCGGAUACGCGGACAGCCAUCUCUCCCCUGCCCCCGACCCGCGCCCCACUGGUCUUUGCUCAUAAAAAGCGCAAUCUCUGCUGGCUCAGCAGGUGCCUUCCCUCUCCGAUCCAUCGCCCUCUCCCUGCAGCUCAGUUCCCUGGGACUCUUCCCCCAGCGAUUCCCUUCUCCAUCGCUUUUGCCCUCACUGACGACCCUCCUGACCCAGUCCCCGACUUCCCGCCUCUCUUCGGCUUACGCUCUUUUCUUCUCCGAGGAAGAAUUAUUAAUCACGUUCGCUGGGGCACCGACAUCCCAGAGCAAUAAAAUGGUUUACGGUGUUUAUCGACA